GCUACAACUGGAAUGCUUACAGAUUUAGUAAAUGAAACCAAGAUCUUAUUCUUAAGAGCUCGUGAUCCUUCACAUUUAGCCUGGCUCCAAUUGGCAAUGUUAGUGGCUCCGAGAUUUAUCCAGAGUAGCAGGACGAUCAGUUUUCUUAAAUCAAAAAUCAAUUCUUAUUAUGCAGACCAUCGAAUGCGCUUGAAUACUGAAAUUAGGGCAUAUGGCGAGGAUUACAUUCAUAAUAAUUCAAUCAUUCUCGAUAAUAUACCAACAAUCGAAAAUUUGAAGUUAUAUGUUGAUAAAACAUGUAUAUAUCAAUGUUUCAAAACUUCAAUGACACAAGUGCCAGAGGAUUGUAAUGCACUAGUCCUAAAUGAAGUUAAAUCUCUCGAUUAUAUAACAAGUCAAGUACGUCUUCCACAUAUUCAUACAACUAACUUUGCUAAUCAAAUUAAUCUCAAUCCUGAAGCUGGUCAAAUUUCAAGUCGUCGAGGUCGAGGUCGAAGUCGUGGUAACAGGUUUACUAAAGGAGCAAGGCAUCAUCUUAGUCACUAA